GACAAACCAGGGUCCACAUGAACCUAAAAGGCUCAAGUAUACCAGGCUCCAGUUAGUAUUUUUGAUGUUGAAGUCUUUUUCUUUCUUUUCACGUAUGCAGUUACUAUAAUUGUGUAAGUUUAUGUCAGCAAAUGAAAAAAGCCCAGAUUUCUAGUAUUUGUACUUUGUCCAGCUGAAUUCUUACACCAGCAGCCCUGACCCCCUGCCUUUAGCUAGAUGGAUCAUUAUUAGUUCUUGAUUAACUGAAUAAUGUCAUAAUUUUAUUAUUUAAAAGGUUAAAUUAACAUUUAUAAUAAAAUCUGAUCAGUAUCUCAUUUAUACAACGGAAUAUUAGGGCCACAUUAAGAAAAAACAAUUGAGACUUCAUGAUUAAAGUCAUUACUAAGGAGAAUAAAGUCGUAAUAAAUCUUUAUUUACGAGAAUAAAGCCAUAAUAGAGAAAAGUCCUGAUAAAAUCUUUAAUCGUAAUAAAAUCAUUAUGAGAUUAAAGUCGUGAAGUAAAUUAAGUCAUAAAGCUGCUUUUAUGAAGGAGGAAAUGACUGGAACUGGUCAACUGCAGAGUUAUCUAUGGGUGCAUCAGUGGGUUAUUCAGAGGGCUUUUGUGGUUUAUCAAGAAACAAUCCAACUGAUGAUCAACUUUUGCGAUUCAGAGGGAGUCGACGAGCACUGCGUCUAUCUCUGAUGCAGGCACAACACCAGCAGCAACCUACACUUGCAGAGGCACCAACACCUUAUGGCAAAUAGAUUCAUUCGAUAAACUAAAGCCAUACGCUAUUGCUAAAAACAGUUGCAUUGACGGAUUUAGCCUCUGCACAGCAAUUUCCAGCCAUUUCCCCCUCCUCAAAAACAGUGAUUCCCCACAAGUCCGCCUGGUUCUUUCUGCAGAAAAGAUGCAUUUCUUGCAUAUUCUUUUUAAUGUCCUGAUACUUCUGACAAUGUGAUGCUGAAACACCAAAGCAUUUAGUACCUCCUUGUUUGUGAAACCUAGCUACUGAAGUAUAAUUCAUCUAAAUGCUCCACAGCGCUCAUUUAAACAACUAACAACAGGUUAGAAUAGCUAUUAGCUACAACUUUAUUCUUGUAAGUAAUUACUUUAUUACAACUUUAUUCUCGUAAGUAAUGAUUUUAUUACGACUUUAUUCUCGUAAGUAAUUACGGCCUUCCUUUUUUUUUUUUUCUUAAUGUGGCCCUAAUACUCCGUCGUACAUUUAAACCAGACAAUUCAACAAAAUGUACUUUUUAAUCUGGACAAAUUCUGCGCUGCUACACUAGUGUGGUCUGACACCAUGACGGAUAGACAGGAAACAGCUUCUAAGUGCUUGUCCUUUGAAGUAUCUGUCUUUAAAUCAUAUAGGAGUCUUAUUAGUGUCAUUACGGUGUGCAGGCAUUCUGGGAUUAUUUGGAUAACUCACCAAUAUCCUGUGAUCCCCAGUUAAUGCAACGUCCUCAGCACUUUUUAGGAGUUUCAGCUGAGUUGCUGUCUCCGUUUCAUACAGGUUCCGGAGUGAUCCCUGAGUCAUCCCAAACUCAAGGCAUCACUUUGAUUCAAGCCAAAGGUCUGUGACAGUUGGCGCACUCCAGAAAAGUGCCGUUCUGGCUUUAGUGGUCUGGUUGUCCAACAUACUAAUGAGCUGUACCUGUAUGCUUCACUUCUAGCUGGUAGCUCAAGCUCAGAGUACUUUGGGGAUAAUUUAAUGCAGUUCAACACAACGUGCAUAUUCUAUCUGAUUUGUUCACUGCUCCAUCCAUCGAAAAGUGGCAGGGUUUUGUUCUUUUCCAACAUAGUGGCUGUAGAAACUUACCUAUAAUGUGCUGAAAAGGAAGAAAAGUCAUGCAAUUUCCAAACAUAUUAAUUCCAGACCUCAAUUACAUCAGAAUGAAAAAGGUAGCUCCAGCAGGCAAAAACAAAACAAAACAAAUGAACACUGGCCCCUUCCUUUCAUGCGGUAGUCAAUUGUCCAUGCACAAGGCAUGUACAUCUGAGCUACAAAUACAUCUUGUCCAGGAUCCCAGUAUCAUCCAGACACACAGGAGAGGCAGGCUGUAAGUGUUGAAGAGAAAACAGAAGAGAAAUUAGAGUGUUAUUGGUGCUCCUGCAUGGGUCUCUGUUUAUAGCCAUGCUGGGCUUAGGAUCUACUGUUAGCUACCUGCUUGACCAGCAUCCUGGUUCGGGGUUACUCUUGUGUACUGCAGAGGUAUGAAAGUUAUCAGACAAACCACAUACACGGAGGAACCACAUGCUUUUUUUUUUUUUUACAAACAUAAGUUUAUAUGUCAUACACUUACAGUACCCACAGGAGUUAUAUAUAGACUGACUUUGAGUUAAACCCUGAUCACCGCAGGUCUGAACCUUUUAUAUCAACCAAAUCCAAACCGGAGAGUGGAGGAGAGCUCAAUUUGGAUCCUGGCCACAACUUAACAUCACACCAAGAGAUGCAGCACGUCGGGCAAGUCUGUGAGACUGUAACACUGGAUAAAGAGGUUAAAGAAAAGCUCUAUACUGACACUCAACCAGAUAAGAUCCGUGCACUUCCAAUCCAUCGGCGUCCAGACCUGCUGGUUCCCUGUGCAGACCUUGUCAACGCUGAGUGGCAGAGAAGCCAGGCUGCUCGAGUCCACUCACUCCAGAAGUCCUGUCCCGAGUUCCCUGUCUGUCUGAUUCUCCUGCAGGGCCACAAAGAGACAGAACGCCUGUUGGGACAUGCCAGGCUUUCCCGGGUCGUAGGUCACGGCAGCAGCCUGUUUGUUGAGUCUGUGGUUGUGUCUAAGGCAGAGCGAGGGAAGGGCUAUGGACGGACUCUGAUGGAGGAGGUGGAGAGUUAUGCUAAAAGUAGAGGGUUCAAGCGCCUGUGCCUGACCACACAUGAUAAACAGCACUUCUACGCCCACCUCGGCUACAUGCUGUCAACACCAGUGCAGAAUGCAGGUGCCAUGACAGCGUUUGUUCCCAUGGAGAUGCUCCUAAGGUUCUCCAGGAUGCCGAGGGAAGAAGGGGACACGCAGAGAGGAAUGGGGACAAUGAUGGGGGCCCAAAUCUCACCAGUGUCUCCUAAAGCUUGUAGUUCACCUCCACGCCCCCCACCACCUCCCUCAGUCCCUCCACCACUUCCCCCUUCUUCCAUACCACCACCUCGCCCCCCUUCUCUUCCUCCUUGUACUCCUCCCCCUCCUCCUCCACCACCCCCUCCUUCAAUCCCAUGUCCUCCUCCACCUCCUCCUCAGCCUGCAGGUCAGCCUGUAGUUCAGACUCUGACUCAAACUCCUUACAGGGAUGCUAAAGGAGUCCCUAUCUUCUGGAUGCAUAAAAACAUUUGACAUACACUUACAUGCAUCUUUCUGCACACAGCUACAUAAUUUGAGUCCGUAUGAACACAUAGUGUAACACAGAACCAUCUGUAGGACCUAUAAGCACACGAUAACAGUCUUUAAGAGAAACCAGACAAUCAAAUCCAUUCACUUUUUCUAUAUGUUCCUGUCAUACAGACACUUGAAUUUGGGCCAGAGGAGUCUUGUUCUGCAACCUUUAAAUGAGACCCAUUGGACUCAUUUUUACCCUUAUAUUGUGUCAGCCUGGGACACCUUUGUUUUAGAUUUUUGUGAUUUGCAGCCCAAAAUAAAUCCUCGAUUAUCUUAUACAGGCACCUGUGAAAACCCACCUACCACCACUGCACAACCCCCUUCCUGAAACACUUCAUUUCGUUGUUUUUUUUUUCACAGCUAGUGGGUUUUAUAGUCUACUGCUUUGUAGUCAUAAAAAGCCCCGGACUGUACGCCUCUGUGAAAAUGGUCUCAGCCAGUCAUUAGGCGGUGGCAGUUUUAGCUUUUGUUACAUACUUUUAGCUUGUGUUUCCAAGGCUUCAUGGACGGUCUUUCUUCAUAGAUGGAGCAACCCAGGUUUUCGUAAUGUCAGUUUUGCUAAACUUCAGUACUUGUUUACAAGAUACCUUCAUCUUUAGGAAGAGAGAACAGCUUUGCCUUUCCUUCACAACUUGGAGGAAAGCUCAGACUGUGUAAUGCACUUUCAGCCUCUGGGUUGCUCUUGACAAAGCUUCUGGAUGGGUUCGUCCUUUGGUUGAGGCAGAGUGUCCCUAUGAGCUGUUCAAUGCAGCCAAAAAACAUCUGAGUAUCUCAUGCUAUGAAACUUUGCUAGAGAUUAGUAUGACCAUCUAAAACUGUGACGUUACAUGUCUGUAUUAUACAGACCAGGAAACGAAGAACACCAUUUAACACCUAUAUGAGAUUUAGAACACUUUUGACUUUAGCCAGCAUUACAUAGCAUCUUGAUUUGUAUUUUUCUGAAACUAAAUUAAAUGAGGUUGGUGGUUGUUUGCCCAUGAUUCUGAAACAAAGUUUAGAUAACAAAACAAGGCUGUAAAUCGAACUGUGUUUGUGUUUGGAGUUCCAUCGUUAUUCCAAUCGUUAUUCAGUUCUUGGUCCAGGCAUCUCCAUAAAUCAGAGAUACAUCUGAUGCUAUGAAAGCAUGCAUCAGGAAUUUUCAGAUGAACUGCACAUAACUCUGUUUUCUGCCUCACUUAAAUGUUCACUGGACAGAGUUAUGUAUGAGCGUGACACUAAAUGGAGUUUUCCACAGUCAGCUGCUGAUACAAGAUUUCAUGUUCUCACCUAAGUUUUGUUUUGCAAAUGUUAAAAUUUUGUGACUUUAUACUCAGUUUGAAUUUGGGUCUUAGCUGUGUGUAAGUGGUAACUUGUGAUCUUCUCGCGUGUGCGCAUACACACAUAUUCCAAGAAACAUUUUGUCAUAAGUUAUUUUUCAAAGCAGCUGUUACACAACAAGCCUGUCAAGUGUGACAGCAGUUUACAUGUACGGGUUAACUGUAAAGCUAUACAGCUUAUCCAGAACCUUUUUUUUUUUUUUGCCAAAUCCAGGGAACCACAAAAGAAUCUUUCCUUUAGAGCAGCUUUACUUCUCAGCAGUAUGAUUGAAAUCCAGUUUGUGUCCUGCUGUUAAGUGAUGUGACACAGUAACACCACACUGGAGGUUUGAAUGUGCCUUACUGAACUGCUGCUGAACUUUAUGUUAUGUGUUUGUUUUAGUUAUGAAAAUAUGGAAAUAAAGAUGAUUCAGCGAGAA